AUGCAAGAACUCUUGGGCAGUGGCACCUUUGGGCAAGUCGUAAAAUGUGUUAAAAAAGGAACCAGCGAGAAAGUGGCCAUCAAAAUGUUAAAGAGCCGCAAGUAUGUCGCUGAAGUAGCACAAGCUGAGAUAAACAUCCUGACUCAGCUAAAUAAGCAACGUCCAGAUGAAUUCAAUGUCAUCAAAGCCUUUGAGUUUUUCCUCUACAACAAUAUCAUCUGCCUUGUGUUUGAGAUGCUAGAUAUGAGUCUCUUUGACUACAUGGUGUCAAUUGGUGGCUCGUUUCCUGUGAGAAUGAUCCGCCCUAUCGUGACACAGGUGGGCACUGCACUGGCAAAGCUCAAGAGUCUUGGAAUAAUCCAUUCAGACUUGAAGCCAGACAACAUCAUGCUGGUGGACAAUUUCACGCACCCAUUAAAAGUCAAGGUGAUAGACUUUGGGUGUGCGCGCCAUGUGUCCGAGGCUCGGUGUUCAAGUUAUAUACAAGCAAGAUAUUAUAGGUAAGACAUGCAUUAGGUAUUAUUUACAUUUCAGUUGAGCUUGUCAGUACAAACAUACCCUCUACUUUUAUGAAAUGAGUCCAAAGAAUAAUGUUAAUCAGAUCGGGUUAACAUUAAUGUCCAACUAUUUUUAUGAAAUAUUUAGCAACAUUAGUGAACCAGUUUAUGGCUUCUGGAGGAGUUUAUCAGCCAGCUAUCUUUACACAUUCUCUUACAGUGGGCAUGUUUUAUACAGCUUCACCAAGGUCUAUCCUUCUUAUAUCUCCCCCUAUUGUAAAUUGCAGGUCUCCAGAAAUUAUAUUGGGAUAUCCAUUCUGUGAGGCUAUUGACAUGUGGUCUUUGGGGUGUAUUGUGGCGGAGCUCUUCACAGGAUGCACUUUAUAUCCUGGAGCAUCUGAGUAUGAUCAGGUGAGUGCAAAUCUAACAGAUAUUUAUGUCUAAUUAUAUAUUAACGUCUCAGGCAGGAAACCAGAAUGAAUUCGGGUAGAAAGGUAUUGUGUAGCUGUUUUAUUUGAUUGUACAGACAGUAGUCAGUGCAGUGUAAAACGAAAUGGCCAAUUUUCCUUAAAGAGGUUUAUUCACUAAACAAGGAAUUUUAGUGAAUUAAAGAUACAAAAUUGCAAAAUGUAGGCCAAAGUAAAAAUUUGGAAGAGUUCUCUAACCCAACUGAGGUCAGCCUGUAUGUUGAGAUAUGGUUAUUAAUUAAACUCCAGAUUUUAAAGUUGAUAAUAUUUGUAUUUUAACAGAGCUAGAAAUAAAUUGCCAAAUGGUUAUCCCUCUGGCAAAGAAAAGUCUAACUUUUCUGAUUUUUAAAAAUAAAUAAAUAAACUCUAGACUUCAUACAGCAACAUAGAAGCUGCUGAUUAUGGGCAUGUUAUGGUUUUAAUGCCAGUAAAUGGACAUCUUGCUUCCUCCCUGCAGAUACGCUACAUCACCGAGACCCAGGGUUUACCAGAUGAAAACAUGCUCAACAGGGCUACAAAGACCCAUCUUUUCUUUAGAAGACAAAGAUAUUACCAGCAUUCUUUAUGGAGAUUGAAGGUGAGCCCAUAACCUUAUCAUGCUUAACCUUCAGGACAAAGGAUUAAACAAAUCCUAUAAUAUGUCCCAGCUCAUGAUCUACCAUGAAGCGUUUAAAGCAACAUUCCAAGAUUCAUCCUAUUUCAUUUAGUUUAUUAACUACAACAUGGUAAUAAAAAAACUAACUGUUUUGACUCUGUGAAAACUCCUGGGUAAGUUAAUGGCAGGACAUGUUUAAUGGUUUCGUACCUACAUUAUCAGGAAUCUCAUUGGGACACUGGAGAAUGCCACAAUGAAUGAUUUUCUCCUUCCAGAAACUAAUCAGGAAUCCUUUUUGUCCUCUUCUCUAGAUUAAAGACCGAUACGAAUGGGAGACUGGUAUUAAACCGAUAGAAAGAAGGACAAAUAUCUUCAGUUGUCUUGAUGACUUGGCAAAGGUACUGUAUUCCUGGGGCUCUUCUACCAAGCUAAAAUAGGUUACACAGCAUCUUGCCCUCAACUUUAUGAUAAUCUCUACGAUAUUUUGGAUAGGUGGAACACAUUUUAAAAUUUACAUAAUCUCUGCUUAUAUGUACUACAGUUUUUUUAAAUUACCCCUUUCCGUCUUGAUAUUUAUUUUUAAAAUGUACCUGUUUAAUAACAAUAUUUCACACUUCUACCUUGAGUUACCUCUGUCUUGAAUGACCAAUUUUGUUACAUGAGUCUAAUGAUCUUAUAUGACAUUUUUUACCUGAAACUGAAAGAAGCAAGGUGAAUUGUUAGUGUAGGAUUCAUGUGUUAGGUUUGCCUUGACAUGGCAGGCAAGCUUACACUCAAGUGGCCACCAGAGUGAUACUAAAAACCUCCAGUUAAUUGAAUGUGCUUAGGGAUUUGGGAUAGUGUGCAAGUAACUCAUUUCUUUGUUCAAUUUAAUGAUCUGUCUAGAAUCCCAAGCAUUGUUGCCGUUGGCUUGAUGGAAAUUUACCGAACACUAUAGAAGUUAGGAGGUAGAGAGCAAUGAGAAGCAAUCACUGAAAAAAAUUGUAAUUUUAGAUAUUGUUAUGAUUGUAAACCUCACAAAAAAAAAUUAUCAUCUCAUUCGCGUCUUCUUUCUCUUCAGAUAAAUGUACAGUCAGAGCCAGAGAUGAGUGGGAUAAUGGUGGAGAUGGGAGACAUGUGGCAGUGUGUUGAUCUCAUAAAGGAGAUGCUUACCCUAGAACCAGAGAAGAGAAUAACUCCCAUAGAUCUUCUCAGCCAUCCAUUCAUCACCAUGGCUCAUCUCGAGCACUUCUCAAAGAGUCCAUAG